AUGGCUGGCACAUCAUUUUCAUCACAACAGCUUGACGUGAUCUGUACAGCGCUCUAUCAAGCAAAAGAUGGUGAUCAACUUGUGCACCUCUUUCGCGAUAUGGAUUCACAAGUUUUCUGUUCAGAAUGGACGUCUCAGCCUGUUCGAAUAGCGUACAUCUACGCCCUCUAUCACUCCGGAAACUACGAUCGGCUAUUUGAAGUGAUUGGCAGGUCACGGUUUGAUGAGCGCUACUAUAAAGAAUUGCAAGAAAUCUGGUACAAAGCGCGAUAUAAGGAGAACGAAUCCAAGCGAGGUAAAGAGCUAGGUGCUGUUGAAAAGUAUCGCCUUCGAAGGAAGUAUCCGCCUCCGCGGAGUAUUUGGGAUGGGCAGGAGACUAUCUAUUCUUUUAAAGAAAAUAGCAGGAAGUAUUUAAAGCAGUUCUACAAACAGAAUCAGUAUCCUACUCUCGACCAGAAGAAAGAGAUUUCCAGAGCAACUGAUCUGGAAAUUGUUCAGAUUUCCAACUGGUUCAAAAAUCGUCGACAAAGGGACAAAACGCGAUUGGAGUGUGCGCAUUACAACCGGCCACAAAUGAUGCAGUUGCAAACGCUUGCCUAUUCGAAUCUCCCACUGAAUAUGAACAUCAACAUGCCAUAUUCAUGUAAAUCAGAAUAA